GGAAGGCCUGCGUGCGGGUUGGCUGCGCUGCCGGACAUCACAGCUACCGGUGGCCGUGGUGGGCUCCGGGGUCGCCAGCGGCGGGCUGGCGGCUGGUGCGCAAGCGUGGAGAGGGAGGCGGAGGCGUGGGAGUGGAAGCGGAGAGAAGGGUGUGGUGUCCCCAGGUGAUCGCGAUUGGGGAAGGCGGAGAAGCCGGGAGAACGUCUCGGCCAUUUCGGGGGAAGAGGAAGUUGGACGCUAUCGGCUAUUACAGUGCAUUUUUUUUUCUUCAAUUCAGCAGAGACUAUUUACCAGGGGGGUGAGUUAACGUGACCUAUCGUGUUUUACUGAGAAGGCGUGUAGGAAGACGGUCAGUACUCCCCGCACCUCGCCUUCUCCGUUUCCUCUGAAGCCCUCCUAAGUAGGUGGGCCGGGGUGAGGGGCGGACUAUAACGGGGUCAUGAAUAAUUCAUGAGCGCCGGGCCACGCCCCUUCGGCUUGCGCUGACGCACGUCGCGUUGUCCGACCCUGAGGAAGCGACGUCACGGGCCCCGCCCCUCGGACGGAGGGCGGGCCGUCCUCGCCAGCACGUGCUGCCGCUACCCGCGCAAGCCUAAAAGGGUGUGCGCAGGCGCUGCCCGCUAGGGGGAGGAAGGAGGCGGGGUAGGGAGGCUGUUGGGUUUAGAGCCGGGCGGAGACCGCUGAGACUCAUUCCUCAGCAACAAGGGUCGGGUGUCAAGGAGACCUUUUCACACCAGCUCCCCGUCCCCCGCCUACGGAGGGUGGGAUCGCACGGCCGAGACAAAGGAUAUCAGUAGGGACGGACGUAGCUGCGAAGGGAAGUAGGGUGUCCGUUUUGGGGCGGUGGGCUUUCGGAGGGGGGCCGCGGGGGGCUAUAUUUAAACUCCCGGAGCCGUUAAGUUGGUCCGGACUCCGGUGCGCGCGCAGCCUGGGUGGUGGCGGAGUGCGCAUGCGUGGUCGUGGCCGCGGGGAACGCGCUCGAGCAGUGCGCGCUCGCGGCGGGCGCCAGUGGCGGCGGCGAGAGGGGUCGGCGCACGCGCGGUGGAGUCCUCGCGGCGUUCGGGUCUCGCGGGCAUCUUGUUUUGGUCUCGCGGGCGAGCGGGGCGCGCUUCGGGGGAGGCGCCAGGGUGCGAGACGAGAAGAGCCGAGCUGCGCGCGCACUCAGGGAAGGGGGUGGGGGAAGGGACCGCGGCUUAGGAAGGGGCUUUAAAACCCCCGGUGCCCCCCGGUCGCCCGCGCCUGGCACGGCGUAAGGGGAGGCCAUGAUCGAGAUGGCGGCGGAGAAGGAGCCCUUUCUGGUGCCGGCCCCGCCGCCGCCGCUCAAAGAGGAGUCGGGCGGAGGGGGCGGCCCCGCGGUGCAGCCUCCCCGGGAGGCCGCCUCGGGCGAGCUCCGCGGCGGGACGCAGCGCGGGCCGGGCCGGGCGCACUCGGCCGAGACCCCGGCGGCCGGGGCCCGCAAGCAGGGCUGCCAGGCGCCGCCGGACGUGGGGGAGGAGCGGCGGGGAGGGGGCGGGACAGAGUUGGGCCCCCCUGCCCCUCCCCGACCCCGCAACGGCUAUCAGCCCCACCGGCCUCCGGGGGGAGGUGGAGGCAAGAGGAGAAAUAGCUGUAACGUCGGGGGAGGUGGCGGAGGCUUCAAACAUCCGGCCUUCAAGAGGCGCAGGCGGGUGAAUUCGGACUGUGACUCGGUGUUGCCCUCCAACUUCCUCCUGGGGGGCAAUAUCUUUGACCCCCUGAACCUCAAUAGCCUUCUGGAUGAGGAAGUGAGCCGCGCGCUCAAUGCAGAGACCCCUAAAUCAUCCCCACUUCCGGCCAAGGGGCGAGACCCAGUGGAGAUCCUCAUCCCCAAAGAUAUCACUGACCCGCUCAGUCUCAAUACUUGCACUGAUGAGGCCCAAGUAGUUCUGGCCUCGCCCCUCAAGACGGGUCGCAAGCGGCAUAGACACCGGGGACAGCACCACCAGCAGCAGCAGGCUGGAGGGACUGAUAGCCACUCGGCGCCGCCCGCGGCCCCCCUCACCCCCUCGCUGCACGGGGAGGGCGCCACGCAGCAGCGGCAUAGGGGCCAGAGCCGGGAUGCCCCCCAGCCCUAUGAACUCAACACAGCCAUCAACUGCAGGGAUGAGGUCGUGUCGCCCCUUCCGUCCGCCCUGCAGGGUUCCUCAGGCUCCCUUUCGGCCCCGCCAGCCGCCUCUGUUGCCUCUGCGCCCCCCUCUUCCUCCUCACGACAUCGCAAACGGCGCAGGACUUCCAGCAAGUCGGAGGUGGGGGCCCGGGGUGGGGGCCAGGGCGCCAAGGAAAAGGGCCGAGGGAGUGGGGGCGGCCGCCACCACGUCCACGCGCCGCCGGCCUCCGCCUUGAAAAAACAACAGUGCAAGUUCCAGUAUGGGAAUUACUGCAAGUACUAUGGGUACCGGAACCCCUCCUGCGAGGACGGGCGCCUGCGGGUGUUGAAGCCCGAGUGGUUUCGGGGUCGGGAUGUGCUCGACCUGGGCUGCAAUGUGGGCCACCUGACCCUUAGCAUCGCCUGUAAGUGGGGUCCGUCCCGCAUGGUGGGCCUGGAUAUCGACCCCCAGCUCAUCCACUCGGCCCGCCAGAACAUCCGACACUACCUGUCCGAGCAGCUGCGCCUGCCACCGCAGACUGCCGAGGGGAACCCCGGGACCGAGAGCGAGGGGGCUGCGUCGGUCCCAAAGAGGAGCUGCUUCCCGGCCUCCCUGACCGCCAGCCGGGGUCCCAUCGCUGCGCCCCAAGUGCCCUUGGAUGGAGCGGACACAUCAGUCUUCCCACACAACGUUGUCUUCGUCACGGGCAACUACGUGCUGGAUCGAGAGGAGCUGGUGGACGCCCAGGCCCCCGAGUACGAUGUGGUGCUCUGCCUCAGCCUCACCAAGUGGGUGCACCUGAACUGGGGAGACGAGGGGCUGAAGCGCAUGUUCCGCCGCAUCUACCGCCACCUACACCCGGGGGGCAUCCUGGUGUUGGAGCCCCAGCCUUGGUCAUCGUACGGCAAGAGAAAGACCCUCACGGAAACCACCUACAAGAACUACUUCCGAAUCCAGCUGAAGCCAGAGCAGUUCCCGUCCUACCUGACCUCCCCGGAAGUGGGCUUCUCCAGCUAUGAGCUUGUGGCCACACCCCACAACACCUCCAAAGGCUUCCAGCGACCUGUGUACCUGUUCCACAAGGCCCGCUCCCCCAGCCACUAAGUGGCCCGCUGCUCCUACGGACCUGGGGAAGAGUUCCUUUCUGCCUCCAAAAAGUUUCCUUUCUUUGCCCUGCGAAGAAAGUGUUCCUAAGUUGCUGCCCCUGCCACCUCCUUUCCACCUCUAGCGUCUGGGCUGCAGUGGUGGGCACUCGCCUUCCCUGGCCCCCCUGGGCUGGAUGGCACGGACUGUUUGCUGACCUGCUCCGAGGGGGCAUGGGGAGGGGGGUCGUCAUCAAGUUUUCCGGCCCCGGCCCCCUGUCUCCAAGGAGUCCUAUUUCGCCUCAGCCCUUAUCUAGCUGCGUUUCAGUGGACCACGGACAGAUGGACCGAGGGCUCCAGGGGAGGGGGCGGGCACGCAGGUACUGUGAAAACCCCUCCCUCUGUCAUCCCCCGCUGGGUAAGGGCAUCGGGUUCAGAUUGUGAGAACAGCACAAUAAACGAUAUUUAGGGCAGUGGCCCCCACACCUGA